AGCAGCAGACACCAUGUCCUCUCCUUCCCUCCCCAUGCCCUCUCUCCCUCCCAGCCCUCUGGCUAUGGAGUACCUAAACGACUUUGACCUCCUCAAGUUUGAGGUGAAACCUGACACCCCUCCGCUCCCUCCCCCAUGUGCGUAUCCAAAAUCUGGCCUCCCCCACGACCCCUCCAGUUCUCCGUACACCAGCCAUCCUCCACAGGACUCCAGUUUGAGCUCCAGCCCUUACAACUCGCUGCCACCUUCACCAACGCUCAGCGAUGCCCACCCACCACCUUCGGGCUCCUCCUCCCUCUCUUCAUCAUCCUCCUCCAUCUCUUUCCCCCUCUCCAUCUCCAACAGCUUCACCUCCGGCAUCAGCUCCGGCUCUCAGGGGAAUGUGGAAGGCAGUCCGGCCCACGGCGGGCCUCAGGGUCCCACCCCAGCCUCGCUGGAGGACCUGAUCUGGCUGGCAGCACUGCAGCAACAGUUUGGAGGGGAAGUGACGGGGCCCGCCACUUUGCUGGGGGCCUUGGGGGGAGUGCCAGAGCGAGGGGACAGAGAGAGGGGGCCGGUCAAUGGCUUUCUGGGGUGUGAGGAUGCUGUGGAGGCUUUACUGAACUCAGCUGCUGCAGCUGUCAGCUCACAGUUUCCAGGGCUUUCUCAGAGUUCGAGCAGUAACCUGGGAGACUCCAGCAGCGACAGCGGGGCCGACAUCUCCUGCCCCAAAGGGACAGACAUGUGCCAUCGCCCGCUCGUCUUCCUCUCAUCUGCCCCGCCCUCUCUCCCAAACGCCGCCCCCACCUCAGCUCCCUACCCACAACCCCUCAGCCCCCAGGGUCGCCUUCAUCACCACCAGCAUCACCAUCAUCAGCACCACCCACACCACCCCAUGCAUGGCAGCCAUCACCAUCAUCACCACCCACAACUUAAUCAGGUACGCUCAUCGCAGUGCGGGGUGAAUGAGCGCUUCUCUGAUGAGCAGCUGGUGAGCCUGUCAGUGCGAGAGCUGAACCGACACCUGCGGGGAGUGAGUAAGGACGAGGUGGUGCGCUUGAAGCAGAAACGCCGCACGCUAAAGAACCGCGGCUAUGCCCAGUCCUGCCGCUACAAGCGCUUACAGCAUCGCCACGCUCUGGAGUCAGAGAAGCAUGUGCUCACGCAACAGUUGGACCAGCUACAGUGUGAGCUGACUCGAGUGCUGAGGGAGAGAGACGCCUACAAGGCUCGCUACGAGAAGCUCCUCAGCACGAACCACAGCAUCGGUGGCGACGCCCCACCGACCCGCACCAGCAACCCACCUUCCCCGCCCCCUGACUACUUCCUCUGAGCUUAACCCACAGGGGAGAGGAAGAAAAAAACCAAGAGGAAUGAGAAACCAGCCAACGUGGAGCAAUCAAUGAUGAGUAAUCAGACUUGGGGAAGAAAACAAGGAUGUGUAUGUGUGUGUAUGUGUGUUUGUGUGUGUGAGAGAAAGUGAAAGAGAGGCAUUGGCAGGCAGUUUUUGGGGCGAUACAACUGUGAAAACCACUCUUGAGUGAAUAAAGGGGAAUUGACUGUUAAUUUGUAGGGUUAGACUCAGCUCUAGGCUGCUUCAUGGACUCUUUUACUUCACUGUGAAUGAUAGUUGCACAAAACUGAGCUGAGGGUGCAACAGCGGACAAACAAGACUCUGAAAAAUGGAUCGACAAAGCUUUAUCUUGCAUUAAAACUCAUCAAUAGUCCCUGACACCGCUGAGCAUAUUAUCUAUGCAAUAUUAUAUAGCUGCAAUGAACUCUCCAAAUGAGCGGUCGAGGCUCAAACUGUAGUUGUGUUUUUUUAUAAUAAGCUGCUAAAGCUGCAGAGGUCUGAGUAGUGCAGUGGUGCUGGAAGUGGAGUGGUAUGGGCUUGGAUAAAGUAUCCACGGCAUGCAGUUGUAUUUGCCAGCUAAUAUUUCACAGUUGCCUACCAAAGUGUUUAAGCUCACCAAGACUUGUUAUUCUUUGUAAGAUGAAUAAUCAUAGAUUAAAGAAUGUACAAGGAUACCUUUCAUAGGAAUCUUCCAGUGAUUGUGCUAAACAUCCCAGAAUAGUGGGGAUAUUGCUCUUGUGUUUUAGCAAAGAAAUCUACCUUUUUGCUGGUUGGAGAAGACUUGCUGUUUGCUCUAAAAAUGGGUUUUUACAUACAGGGAGCUGGUAGUGUGCUGAACUAAAGCGACUGCAUAUGGUGAAAGAGAGAGAGAGAGAGAAAAACCCAUCGCAGCAGGCGAAAAGAGUGUGGCAUGAUUUGUGUGGUUGUGUCCAGUUCUCCAGACUAGAGAAGCUAUUUUUGGGCAGAUGGAACACCUCUGUAACAGGGAUGAUCACCAUAUUAAUGCGACAUGCGGCACCACAGAGCUGGUCACUGUGGACUCGGGUACUGUGGGCUAACGGAUGCAACAGAAAAUUAAUGGUGCAGGGAUAAUAAAAAAAAUGCAAUCAGUCUUUUCAUGGAGACCCCUUCUUAAAAGGUGCAGUGUGUAGGAUCCAGGGGGACAUAUUGGCAGA